CAUCAUUUUCAUUUCGUUCAUUGAUCGUGUUGGUUCGAUAAAGUGGUCGUGUGAUUAACGUUCGCGUCAGUUUCAGCCAUCUUGCUAAAAUUUUCGAUCCAGCUGGUUUAAUAUACUAGUAGCUAAAAUGUCUUCACACGGUCGCAACGAAUGUCGAAUUUACGUUGGAAACCUACCGCCAGAUAUACGCACCAAGGACAUCCAAGACCUGUUUCAUAAGUUCGGCAAAGUUACGUUUGUCGACUUGAAAAAUCGCCGGGGGCCGCCAUUUGCUUUUGUGGAGUUCGAAGAUAAUCGCGAUGCCGAUGAUGCAGUUAAGGCUCGUGAUGGUUAUGACUAUGAUGGGUAUAGAUUGCGAGUGGAAUUUCCACGUGGUGGUGGACCCGGUAGUUAUCGGGGCAGUCGCGGAGGAAACAGCGACCGUGGUGGUGGUGGCCGGGACCGGAACAAUCGUGGUCCGCCAGCUAGGCGUUCCCAGUUCCGAGUGGUCGUCACUGGUUUGCCAUCUUCCGGCUCUUGGCAGGAUCUGAAAGACCACAUGCGAGAAGCAGGCGAUGUUUGCUUCGCCGAUGUAUACAAAGAUGGAACCGGAGUAGUUGAGUUCUUGCGUCAUGAGGACAUGAAGUAUGCCAUAAAAAAAUUGGAUGAUUCCCGGUUCCGAUCCCAUGAAGGAGAGGUUGCCUACAUUAGGGUGCGAGAGGACUCUUCAACUGACGAUAGACGAGGCGGAGAACAUCGUGAUCGUUCCUACUCUCCUCGCAGACGUCGUGGCACGCCAACAUAUUCGCCAGUUCAGCGUAGUUUCUCGCGGUCCCGUUCUCGUUCAUUCAACUAUUAGAUUGAGCGACAAAAAUGACGAAAACACCGGACGAAUCCUACCGGAUGGAUUCCAAGUAAUUUGAUGAUUUUUGUAUUCUAUAUCCAAAUGUAGCGCAGUUUUACAAUAGCACCACUUAACAUCCGCGACUAAGCGUAGCCUACACCGCAAUACCUUCCGUAUCAACAGAUUGCAAUCAACGAAUACUGUCUGUUGGCAGUUCUAUCAUUUAAGGAAUAGUUUAGUCAUUUUAGUACAUUCCUGAGGUAGAAAUCAUUUUAAGUGACAGAAAAAAAACUAGUUUCAAGAAUUGGAAAUCUUAUAAUUUAUGACUGUAUGAAUCUUGAGUUAUAACACAUUCAAUACUUCAAACAAUUAGAUCGAAGUAGAAGAAGCAAUAGCUAGACGUUUUGAUUUAUCAAACGGUUUUGUAGUAGAGAUGAGAACGUUAUUCCUGGGACAUUUUAAUAUCUAAUGUGUUCUGAAAAUUCCUUCUAGCCUCUGAAUCGUGACAAGAUCUCUGUCAGAAACCGGAUGGAUCGAUAUGCUUCUUUCGUCAUCUAUCAAUGAAUAUGUAUUGUGUCCAUUCUAAAACCUGUUUCUUCUUCUUCCAAACAGGGUAAAAGGAAAGUUAUUGCAAUUUAUGCCUGGAGCGCAUUGUCGCUGAUGUGACGCAAAAGUUUCCCACUAGGAUUUAGGAUCAGGACCCGAGGGAUUUUUAGGACGGACUGGUAAAGAUUGGAUUCCCUUUCUCUCGUUUAAUACGCAUAAUGGAUCACUGAACAGAAUAGGACAGGAUUCAGGACAUGCGCGAUAUGCAAUACACACGGCUUCACUAGUCUGUCUGUUGCAUCACUUCUCUCGGAGGAAACAGAUUCAGGAAUCGCAGGAUAUAUUGGACUCAGGGAUUCUGCUUCUCACAUUGAUGUGCUGACAAACAGCAUUACGAAGGGUAAUGAAAUUUCACACCCAUCUCAAUCUGUCUUUUUUCUUUGCAUUUCAUUUUGAAUUUCAUAUGAAAGCAAGAGAGGGACGGAAACAGUGGGCACCAAAAUUCGUUGGUCCUUCAAAUAUAUUGCUUGCCUUGUUUUUUGAUAAUUUGUAAGACAAUUUGUCUAUAAUUGUGUUGUUGGAAAUAAUCGAACAGUGAAUGGUUGACGAUACAGAAGUAAUUGCUGUAUUCGAGGAGCGCUAAUAUUGAAGUUUUAUUUAAUAUCUACGCAAACUGACAUUGGAAACUGAAAGCUAGCAUAUUCAGGUGAAUGUAUUGAAGCAGCUGACGAAAUAUGGAGACGCAAAUAAUAAUACAAAUGGAUAUUCCGAUGGAGAAAAAAUUGAGUGAACGGAAUCUAAAUCUCAUGUUUCAAAGCACACCGCUGUGCCUCCCGUUGGACUAAGGAAAAUCACUUGGGACUAGAGGACGGUAUAAACGAUAGUAUGUUGUUAAAUAUCGGAACAUUUAUCCAUAGUCUCAGUUUAUUUGAAAUCAAAUCCAGCAUUGUAAUUGAAAGUUCCAACAACACUUUUGUAGAUGAAUGUUUAUGCAUAAUCAAUUUGGGGUGUUUUUAAAUUUUAUUUAAAAAACAUCAAAUAUGUGGGGCCCAUAGAACAACCUUUCAAGGAUUUCGUUUAUGAAUACAACACCACUUGGAUCUUGCAUGGAGUUCGCAAAAUUAGGAUGUAACAAACAUGGACCUCGCGGGAUAUCUUAUUUUCAGUUUUGAGCUCGUUUGUGGAAAUUCAGAAUUGCUUUCAUUUGCGAUAAGUCGAAAGGACGUCGUGGGAGUAGAUCUUCUCUCUGUUCAAGGCUAACCUUUUUUCGCUGCAUCAUGGAAAUGUCCAAUGGAACGUUGUCAAAGCAAGGAGGAAGGACCUAAUGGUGUGUAUUAUCUUGAUUAAUUUUAUUCUUUCACAGAAGGCAUUUGCAAUUUUUCAUAACCUUUCCUCAAUCAAAUUCUGCAUACAAUACACUUAUAAAUACUGUUUCAAUAUUUCCUCAUCAAAAGUCAACUUAUGUUGAAAAGGCGUUUUAGCAAUCAAUUUUUUUGGUUCAAAUGUAUUGCUAAGUGAUAUUCUAACACGUAGAGAAAAGCAUGUGAAUUUCCGUUGAACAAAAUCUUUCUUUUUAUUAAAACGAACACGUUCUCUGCCGUGGACGCUAUUAAAUUGUCUUAACUAUCUUACAUUUGCAUUACAAUCACCGUAUCGAUGGCGGAAGGUAAUUUCUGGAAAGUGGUGAAGUAUUUGGAUCUAGUUAUAUUUCACCUUUAAACAGUAAGUAAAAACUGGAACCUGGUCAUUCAUAAUAAAAAAUGCGAUUUCAAACCAAA